AUUUUUGUAGAUUUAGCGAGGAUGCUAGAGCUAGUAUACUAGAUUUUUAUAGAACUUGCUCGGGGUGGAGGUGGUCGUAUGAAAGUUAAUGCUGCGUGUGUGGUCGUCAGCUUUAAUGAUGUUUGGAAAGUACUUAAGUUGUGGGCGGGUGAAUCACCCAUUUUUUAUGCAAAUAUAGCGAGCGUCUACGUGAGUGCAGCUGCUUUGUAACACGCACAUGAGUAGGACACUGUCGGCUGCUCUUUUCGCAUCUUCUCGCUGGUAAAACUAGCCCUGCCUGCCAGGACCAGUAUAUCGAAGAUUCUGAGCAGAUAGAGAAGAUAGACGGACUGCUAUUUCUAAGGAGGACUCCGAGCUAGGCUCCCUGACCCUAAUGACAAAGCUUUGGGGAAAGGUCGUCGAGGUUCGAAAAUCGGAAGCCGCAACGACAUGGUAUCAUGCAGUGGUUGUCUCCGAAGCGAGGAAUGGAGAUGCCGUACGAGUGCGUUUUCCACGCAAGCUAGAGCCUUUGGCAGGUGGUGUGGACUCAGGGAUAUGCGCCUAUGAGCAAGACAAGUAUGUUUGGACAGAAAAAGUCGUUGCUCCGAUAGCAACAUGUGUGAGGGAACGCGCGAGGCCGUCAGCUGAAGGGACAUGGGAGCCAGCAGUGGACGAGUAUUUGCGAAUUUGGUUUCGAGUGUUUUUGUGAGUAGUUCUACGUUUCUUAGACUGUUCGACAACCCCCGUAAUGUGUCUUUUCGAUGUCUUUUCUGACUGGAUAGCUAAUCACAGUCUGCGAGAUUGCAUGAAAGCAGACUCGUUCACUCCACUCGGUCUCUUCAUGGGCGAGUGGCUCUGAAGUCUGUCAGAAUGGUUAGACGUCUUGCGGAGAGGUGUGGCUACUGAUGGUGCUGCAUACGCUCGGUUGACUUCUGAAACUUCGCCCAUGCUCGCAGUUUUGCUACUGCGGCCGUGCUGGUCGUGGGCUUUGAAUAUUUUUCCUUCAUUGAUGUCCAAUGUUCCUUCCACUAGGUUGGUCGAGCUGAAUUUUGAAGCCAAUGGAUACUAUCCCGGUGGGUGGGCUUUGGGGCGCGUCGCAGAGCGUCGCGACGAUUUCUUCUUCGUGCGUUUUGAACCCGAUAAAGAAUCUGGGUUCACGCAAGAGUACACUUUUUUCUUUUGUUCUAUUUUUGCCUCGUCCAUCAAAAACAUGAAGGUGAACAUUUUUCAAUUUAUUUAAUUGAUUGUUCUUGCUCAUUGCACUGUCUGCCAGUAGUUCAUCUUGAGAACGACAAUACACAGUGUUGAAUAAAAAUCCACCUAAGCUGCAGCUGCCUCUUACUCUUCGCAACUCCUCCAGCCAAAAGACGGUGAUUGUACGUAAAAACGUGCUACGGCGAGCGGGGACGCGCACACCGAUAUGUGAGAAAUUUAUCAAGAAAUUGGUGACGUUGCCGGAUCCCGAGGAUCUGCAUGCCCAUUGGCUUUUCACUCCAGAUGGACAGGAAGUUCUCUUGCAGCUGAAAAAAAAGCUGGAGCUCGUGGUACUUCUAAAUAGAACAUGAUCUUCUAACAUGAUUGGCCUCGUCUGCAAUUGCUGCGCUAGAAGAAGUUUCUCUCAAUUAAGAACUCUCAACCCAUCACGGUGUAUGAGUGGUGUAGUUUUCAAGGGAACAGGGCACGAUCCGUGACUAAGCUCUACUCAUGUCCCACAUCAAUCAGUUUGUGUUACCACCCGCGGAAUUACUUGUGGAGCGUGAUGAGGUAGGGGAAAAGACGCAAUUUACCGAGAUUGCCUUGUACUCAGGUGGAGAUGACGAGCGCAGCAAAACGAACGCAGAGCAAGCAGCGUUAUUGUUGCAAAUACACUGGUACAUGAUGUUGAUGUUUGGAUAUUAUUGUCAGGGGAAAGCGGAGAUGAUAUUCAUUCAUUGAAGUAGAAGAACAAAGGAUUCAUGUACUACCUCCUGGGAAAUCAGGAACAAGAUACACAUUUGUACCUCACAGUCACGACCAAAUUUUCUAACGAGCAGGCACCACCAGACGCGUAUUCAAGCGUUUACGCGUGAGCGUGCGAGGAAGCUGGAGGAAUUAGAGCAGCUGCGCAUCAAGGCUGAGCGCGGACUGACAAUGUCGCGCGAGGUGCCAGAUGCAGUGGUUGGCUUUCUCGUUGGGAAACAAGGGAAGAAAAUUCAGAAUCUUCAAGAAAAGUACGAUGUGGAAAUCAAGGUUUCAACGCAAACAGAUGGUGCGCCUCGUGCAGGAGGAGCGCAAGAAGCAUCAUCGAAGAACACACAGUCAGGAGCGGAAGCAACCUCAGCUGCUACUUCGCCGAGUGAUGUCCCAGCACCCCCACAAGCAGAGCCGGGGACGAGUAGCGUGGGCACGUCUUCCUCGAGUACAAGCAAAGCAGCUGCAGAGCAGAAGAUGCGUCGAGUCACAGUCUUUGGGACAGAUGCUGAAGCAGUUCGGGCGGCUUUCGAAGAAACGGACCUUACGUACUCAGAACUCAAGCUGACAACAGAGCAAGCAAAAUUCCUGCGCUCGAAGUGCCAAUUUACGACGCUGAUGCAGGACACUGGGGUGGCUUUCGCAGGGUAAUCAAUUUUCUGCUUUGUUGACUACGAGCAUGGUCUUAGCACCGGUUCUGUUCUGAGAAAAUGCCAGAUACUGCACGUGGUCGAUAAAUUGAUGAGUAUACCAUAGAUAUUAAUAAAUUUUGAGUUUGAUUCUACAUUUCGAUUUUUACAUGAACUCUGGUAAUUAUCGUAGUCGUAGUAUUUUUCCAGAUUGAUGCUGUCUUCAGAGAUUUCCUAAACUUCAUGAAAAGUCUUGGGCACUACAUACAUACACAAUAAUUUCAUAGUGCUUCACAAAAUAUGAAAUUGAAGGCCAAGUGUGUAUGAUACAUUUGCUUUGAAUGAAACAGAAAAUAUGAAUUGAAAAGCUGCUGAUAGAAAUUGAAUUUAAUUAUUACAGCUUAAAAUCAAAAUUUUUUGGAUUUCCAUUUGAUCAAAUUCAAAGUUGAGGGUUUUCUCUCGAAAAAUUUGUUUUUUAUCGAUUCUAAUUCAAAUCCAUUUCCUGGUGAGGCACUGUUGAUCGUUAAAAUGGUCGUGUCAAAGUCUAGCGAGAUUUUCUACCUCCUAGCAUCGCAGUGGAUUGGUGUAGGUCCAGUUCGUUGUUUUUUCAUAUAUGUGUCAUAGGAGUGACGUGUGAUCCUUCGAUAUGAUUUCAGUCUAUGAAAUUCGUAUUCUCCACAACUUUUCAGGAUUUUGAAUCAUCUUUAUGCUAUCAGAGAAAUUUUCAUUUUUUUUGUCUUCUUCUUCGGCCUUGCUAUUUUUAUAGCUGCGUUCUUUUCAGGUUCAAUCAGAAAAGUGGUGCGACAGUGGAGAUUAUGGGAAAAGCGGAGGAAGUCGAAGAGGCACGGAUGAUUGUAGAAAGUCACCUCGAGUAUUUUGGAACUUAUCAGACCAUGGACGAUGCUUUCGAUGCGCUUCGCUCCGAGGAGGAGACUUUCGCACGAGAAUUCGGUGGCCCAGGUAAGGGCAAUGGGAGACGGUCAAAUGCAUCCACGAAAGAAGCCACUACUGCACGACGGUCAACGAAAAAAAGAGUAGCUGAUGAGACUAACGGACGACCUAGUACGCAGGCUGGAACUGGUGGUGGUGGUGAGAGUGAGCAAGGCGAAGAAGGUGAUGGCGCUGUGAAAAAAGGGAGAGGAUCAAAGCGAGGUGGACGAGGCCGUGGGGCAGCUGCGAAGCAAGAUGGCUCAAAAGGCGAUGCCUCAACUAAAGGCAAGAGCAGAAGUAGCGGACGUGGGAAAGAGACAAACGGCACAGCAAACGAGGAUGCAGAAGCAGAAGCAAAACACAAGGCCCCGAGUGGGGAUGGAGGUGAAGCGGAUGCAACGGCGGGCGAAAAAUCAAGUACAAAGACAGGAGGCAAUAAUCGAAAGAGCAGCGCCAAGGGUGGUGGAGCGACCUUCGCAAAUCCGAAUGAGGCAGCCGCCACGCCGACAGAUGAUAUGAAGAAUCGCCAUGAUGCCGCAACUGCGAAUGGCAAUCACAAGGUCGCUCUUGGAGGUGAGUAAGCUGUACUAGUGUGCCUACUCGACUCAAUAUGCUGUCGUGUUCAACUUUCCAUCAUAUGAAGCGUCUUCAUUAUUCAAGUCAAUUUUUCCCCAUGGUCGACCGCUUCCUGAAAAUAGCAGUUAGUGUUUACCAUGACGUAAGAACAAAUUUCACUCUUUGCAGUUAUCUGCUGCAGCAUGAUGAUUUUCAGGGAUUAUAUUAGUCCUCCUUUUUACAUCCACUUUAUAGUCAUGCUUGUUCUUGUGCUUGUCCUCGUGUAACAAACUAAAAGUAACAAGUAGGUACUACUUACGUAAUGAAAUAUGAGAAGUCUCAAACAAGCAUGGUGUCACGAUCACGAUCUUCAUCAUAUACCCACAUUUCUCCUCUUUGUCUUUCCUUUAUGUAGCAUUGAUUUUGAGAAGGAGAGGACCCUCAACAUCAAAAUUUCUCACGAUUCGAAGAAAGUACCGUGAGAACGCAGUUAGCAUCGUUGAUGAGUUUUGUUGUAUGCAGAAUGACAGAGGUUAAACUCCAGCUGCAGGGACCUGCUCCACUGCUUGAAUGAUGAUGAUGGCCUGUUUCCGCCCUAUCAU